AUGAGUGAAUUGUACGAAAUGUGGUAAAAAAUGGUUUCCAAAAUUACUGAAGAGCGAUAACAAAAUUUUUCAAAACUUUUGAUAAAGAUAGAUAGUUAUUAAUAAAUGUAAUCAAAAAUACUUAAAAUGGAGUGAAUUAAAAAAUCAGCUUUCAAUAAACAGGCUGCACAAGGUUUAAGCUAUCGAUUUCUUUAUAGUCUUCUAUGAGAUCAUGAAAGAAUUAAGAGGAAAUAUAGAAAUGGAGUAAAAAUUAGAUAGUUCUUCUUCUGCUGGAAAAUACAUGCCAUUCAUUUUUAAAAAUUUAUUCUUUUAUCUAAAUUAUCUGGCAAGUUGAGAUGAAUCAAUAAAAGCCAUUGAGUUUUUUAACUAUCCAAAUAAUUUUAGGAUAUUUCAUAUCCUAAUCAGAUAAAUCAAGAAAUAUAUCGAAAUGAUCAAUUUAAAUUCAACCAUCAGUGUCUAAAAACGAAAUCAAUCAAAAUCUAAAGUUGAUAUUUUUCAUGAAGAAGUGGAGUAAAUGAGAAUCUAGGCUAAGAGAAAUGAACAACGAUUUAACUUAUAUAAAAACUCUUGUAAAUUGUUUAAUUGA